CUUUUUGGGGGGAGGGAAUUCAGCGGAUCAGUGUCUUAGAGGAGCUUUUUUUUUUUUUUUUUUUUUUUAAAGAGCGAGAAAUCAUAUAAAAUAAAAUGAAAUAAAACAAGGAGGAAGGCAACCAGCUGUUAGAGGGGGGAAAUAAGGCAGAUAAAGGAGCGGGGAGAGAAAUUAAUUGCCAACCAGGAGGAGUUGGGCUGUAUUUUUCAAAGGUGGGGGGAGUGGAGCACACACCUUGAGGAGGAAAGCGAGAAAGAAAAGAAAAAGCAAGUGGAAGGGGGGGCUCGCCCAAGAAGGGUGAAGAAGCGAAGAAAGUCGAGGCGCCGAGGCUCCCAAAGCUGGCAGCUCCGGGCGGCGGUGCAGGGGCGAAGGGGGGGCGGGGGGGGACCGUCGGACAUGCGGCUCUGGAGUUGGGUGCUGCGCCUGGGGCUGCUGAGCGCCGCGCUGGGCUGCGGGCUGGCCGAGCGCCCCCGCCGGGCCCGGAGAGACCCGCGGGCCGGCCGCCCCCCGCGCCCUGCCGCCGGCCCGGCCACCUGCGCCACCCGGGCGGCCCGUGGCCGCCGCGCCUCGCCGCCGCCGCCGCCGCCGCCGCCGCCGGGCGGUGCCUGGGAAGCCGUGCGCGUCCCCCGGCGGCGGCAGCAGCGGGAGGCGAGGGGCGCCGCGGAGGAGCCGAGCCCGCCGAGCCGGGCGCUCUAUUUCAGCGGGAGAGGCGAGCAGCUGCGCCUGCGGGCCGACCUCGAGCUGCCCCGGGACGCGUUCACGCUGCAAGUGUGGCUACGAGCAGAGGGGGGCCAGAGGUCUCCAGCGGUGAUCACAGGGCUGUAUGACAAAUGUUCUUAUGCCUCACGUGACCGAGGAUGGGUCGUGGGCAUUCACACCGUCAGUGACCAAGGCAACAGAGACCCACGCUACUUUUUCUCCUUGAAGACAGACCGGGCCCGACAAGUGACCACCAUCAAUGCCCACCGCAGCUACCUCCCAGGCCAGUGGGUAUACCUGGCAGCCACCUACGAUGGGCGGCUGAUGAAGCUCUAUGUGAAUGGUGCGCAGGUGGCAACCUCGGGAGAGCAGGUGGGAGGCAUUUUCAGCCCAUUGACCCAGAAGUGUAAGGUCCUCAUGCUGGGAGGCAGCGCCCUGAAUCACAAUUACCGGGGCUACGUGGAGCGCUUCAGCCUGUGGAAGGUGGCCAGGACGCAACAGGAGGUCUUGCUGGACAUGGAGACCCACGGCCUCCACACUCCUCUACCUCAGCUCCUCCUCCAGGAGAACUGGGACAAUGUGAAGCGGGCCUGGUCCCCCAUGAAGGAUGGCAGCAGCCCCCGCGUGGAGUUCAGCCGUGCCCACGACUUCCUGCUGGACACGAGUCUGGAGCCUCCUCUCUGCGGGCAGACACUGUGUGACAACAUGGAGGUCAUUGCCAGUUACAACCAACUUCCCCGUUUCCGCCAUCCCAAGGUGGUGCGCUACCGCGUGGUCAACCUCCACGAUGACGACCACGAGAACCCCACGGUGAGCCGCCAGCAGAUCGACUUCCAGCACGGGCAGCUGGCUGAGGCCUUCAGGCAUUACAACAUCUCUUGGGAGCUGGAGGUGCUGGAGGUGAGCAACUCGUCCUUGCGCCACCGCCUCAUCCUGGCCAACUGCGACAUCAGCAAGAUCGGGGACGAGAACUGUGACCCUGAGUGCAACCACACCCUGACCGGCCACGAUGGCGGGGACUGCCGCCACCUGCGCCACCCCGCCUUCAUGAAGAAGCAGCAGAACGGGGUGUGCGACAUGGACUGCAACUACGAGCGGUUCAACUUCGACGGCGGGGAGUGCUGUGACCCCGAGAUCACCGAUGUCACCAAGACCUGCUUCGAUCCUGACUCUCCAUACAGAGCAUACUUGGAUGUUAAUGAGCUGAAGAACAUUCUUAGACUGGAUGGAUCAACACAUCUCAAUAUCUUCUUUGCAAACUCCUCCGAGGAGGAAUUGGCAGGAGUAGCCACUUGGCCAUGGGACAAGGAGGCCCUAAUGCACUUAGGUGGCAUCGUCUUGAAUCCAUCUUUCUAUGGCAUUCCUGGGCACACCCAUACCAUGAUCCACGAGAUUGGGCACAGCCUGGGCCUCUAUCACAUCUUUCGAGGCAUCUCCGAAAUCCAGUCUUGCAGUGACCCCUGCAUGGAGACAGAGCCCUCCUUCGAGACCGGAGACCUCUGCAGUGACACCAACCCAGCCCCCAAACAUAAGUUCUGUGGUGACCCUGGGCCAGGGAAUGACACCUGUGGCUUUAAUAGCUUCUUCAACACUCCUUACAACAACUUCAUGAGCUACGCAGAUGACGACUGCACCGACUCCUUCACGCCCAAUCAAGUCGCCAGAAUGCACUGUUACCUGGACCUGGUGUACCAGAGCUGGCAGCCCUCCAGGAAGCCGGCGCCUAUUGCCCUCGCCCCCCAGAUCGUGAGCCACACCACUGACUCCGUGACGCUGGAGUGGUUCCCACCCAUCGACGGCCACUUCUUUGAAAGAGAAUUGGGAUCAGCGUGUGACCUUUGUCUGGAAGGGAGAAUCCUGGUGCAAUACGCCUUCAACGCCUCCUCCCCAAUGCCCUGUGGCCCUUCAGGACACUGGAGUCCUCGGGAAGCAGAAGGUCAUCCAGAUGUUGAACAGCCCUGUAAAUCCAGUGUCCGCACCUGGAGCCCAAAUUCAGCUGUCAACCCACACACGGUCCCUCCAGCCUGCCCAGAACCACAGGGCUGCUACCUUGAACUUGAAUUCCGCUACCCUUUGGUCCCCGAGUCUUUGACCAUCUGGGUGACCUUUGUCUCCACUGACUGGGACUCCAGUGGGGCUGUCAAUGACAUCAAACUCUUGACUGUCAGUGGGAAGAACAUCUCCCUGGGCCCUCAGAACGUCUUCUGUGAUGUCCCUCUGACCAUCAAACUCCAGGAUGUGGGCGAGGGGGUGUAUGGCAUCCAGAUCUACACAUUGGAUGAGCACCUGGAGAUUGAUGCAGCCAUGUUGACCUCCGUUGCAGACAGCCCGCUCUGCCUAGAGUGUAAACCCCUGCAGUACAAGGUGGUUCGGGAUCCUCCUCUCCAGGUGGACGUGGCCUCCAUGCUACACUUCAGUAGAAGAUUCACGGAUGUGGAUCUGCAUCUCGGCAGUGUGUACCAGUACUGGGUCAUCACUAUUUCAGGCAAUGAAGAGAGUGAGCCAUCACCUGCUGUCAUAUAUACCCAUGGAAGUGGGUACUGUGGUGAUGGCAUCAUCCAGAAAAGCGAAGGUGAAGAAUGCGAUGACAUGAACAAGGUCAGCGGGGAUGGCUGCUCCCUCUUCUGCCGACAGGAAGUUUCCUUCAAUUGCGUUGAUGAACCCAGCCGGUGCUAUUUCCAUGAUGGUGAUGGGGUAUGUGAGGAGUUUGAACAAAAAACUAGCAUCAAGGACUGUGGGGUCUACACGCCUCAAGGGUUCCUGGAUCAGUGGGCAUCUAAUGCUUCAGUCUCCCAUCAAGACCAACAGUGCCCAGGCUGGGUCAUCAUUGGCCAGCCAGCAGCAUCCCAGGUGUGUCGAACCAAGGUGAUAGAUCUCAGCGAAGGCAUUUCUCAGCACGCCUGGUACCCUUGCACCAUCCCCUACCCGUACUCCCAGGUGGCUCAGACCACUUUUUGGCUCCGGGCGUACUUUUCCCAGCCAAUGGUUGCUGCAGCUGUCAUCGUCCACCUGGUGACUGAUGGGACCUAUUAUGGGGACCAAAAGCAGGAAACCAUCAGCAUCCAGCUGCUUGAUACCAAAGAUCAGAGCCACGAUCUAGGCCUCCAUGUCCUGAGCUGCAGGAACAAUCCCCUGAUUAUCCCUGUGGUCCAUGACCUCAGCCAGCCCUUCUACCACAGCCAGGCGGUCCGUGUAAGCUUCAGUUCACCCUUGGUCGCCAUCUCGGGGGUGGCCCUCCGCUCCUUCGACAGCUUUGACCCCGUCACCCUGAGCAGCUGCCAGAGAGGGGAGACCUACAGCUCUGCCCAGCAGAGCUGCGUGCACUUCGCCUGUGAGGCUGCUGACUGCCCACAGCUGGCUGUGGAGAAUGCUUCUCUCAACUGCUCCAGCAGUGACCACUACCAUGGUGCCCAGUGCACCGUGAGCUGCCGGACAGGCUAUGUGCUCCAGAUACAGCGGGAUGACGAGCUGAUUAAGAGCCAGACAGGACCCAGUGUCACAGUGACCUGCACGGAAGGCAAAUGGAACAAGCAGGUGGCGUGUGAGCCAGUGGACUGUGGCAUCCCGGACCAGCACCACGUCUAUGCCGCCUCGUUCUCCUGCCUCGAGGGCACCACCUUCGGGCGAAAAUGCUCCUUUCAGUGUCGUCACCCCGCGCAGUUGAAAGGCAACAACAGCUUCCUGACCUGUAUGGAGGAUGGGCUGUGGUCCUUCCCAGAGGCCCUGUGCGAGCUCAUGUGCCUGGCUCCACCCCCGGUGCCCAACGCAGAUCUCCAGACGGCCCGGUGCCGAGAGAAUAAGCACAAGGUGGGCUCUUUCUGCAAGUACAAGUGCAAACCUGGAUACCACGUACCCGGCUCUUCCCGGAAGUCAAAGAAAAGGGCCUUCAAGACUCAGUGCACCCAGGAUGGCAGCUGGCAGGAGGGAGCUUGUGUUCCUGUAACCUGUGACCCUCCUUCACCGAAAUUCCACGGGCUGUACCAGUGCACUAAUGGCUUCCAGUUCAACAGCGAGUGUAGGAUCAAGUGUGAAGAGAGCGAUACCGCCCAGGGACGCGGAAGCAAUGUCAUCCACUGCCGGAAAGAUGGCACCUGGAGCGGCUCCUUCCACCUCUGCCAGGAGAUGCAAGGCCAGUGCUCGGCCCCGGACCAACUCAACAGCAACCUCAAGCUGCAGUGCCCCGAAGGCUAUGCCAUAGGAUCAGAGUGCUCCACCUCGUGCCUGGACCACAACAGUGAGUCCAUCAUCCUGCCAGUGAACGUGACUGUCCGGGACAUCCCCCACUGGCUGAACCCCACACGGGUGGAGAGAGUCAUCUGCACGGCUGGUCUUAAGUGGUACCCUCACCCUGCUCUGAUCCACUGUGUCAAAGGCUGUGAGCCCUUCAUGGGAGACAAUUACUGUGAUGCCAUCAACAACCGAGCCUUCUGCAACUAUGAUGGUGGGGACUGCUGCGCUUCUACAGUGAAGACCAAAAAGGUCACCCCCUUCCCUAUGUCUUGUGACCUACAGGGUGACUGUGCUUGUCGGGACCCUCAGGCCCAAGAACACAGCCGGAAAGACCUCCGGGGAUACAGCCAUGGCUAAGGAAGAACCAGGAGUUGUCAAAGAAUUCCCAGCGCCAGGACCCGCAUCCCUUUGGUAUUGAUUUCACAGUCAGCUGCUCAACGGAAUGGCCUCUCCACACCAGGGAUCCUUAGUACCCAACCGGUCUGCCUUUAAUUUCACCCAGGAAGGACUCGUAGUGGGGGUGCGUGAACCAAGUCUUGCUAUGCUGAAUGAUGGAAUGGAAUCCCAUCCCAAAGUCUUAGAUGGACUUCAUAUAUGGCGUGCAGUCCCAGAGCCUCCUAAAAUUCUAACCAUUUGUUCACCUGGCCACAGCAAGAAAUGUGUUCUGUGUCUAGGAGUGUGCCCAUCUGUGGUGAGCACACAUGUAUGCAUAUGCACCCAUGCAAACAUCCGUGUGAGGGCAGUUUUGGAGACUGAGCAGAGAGACUUGGACAGACUCAAUUUUUCCUUUCCCAAGCUCCUAGCCAACACUGUCCUUGGGAGAAAGAGAGUUGUAGAAACUGCUAAGACCACGUGUUGAAAUGCCAAGAUAGUUCACACCCCGAGACUUGGAAUAUGUAAGGCGUUUACAAGUGUGUAGUCCUUUGGGACUGAAAUGAAAUGGUCUCUGAUCACCUCCCUUCUAGGGAAGUAGGACCCAGGAAGAGGUAAAGCAUCUGAGGUAUGCAAAGCCCCCCCAAUUCUUCUGCUGCCAUGGGGGAUCUUACCCCACCUCCAGGGUUCAAGGCCAAGCUGGAAAUGGCUUAGGAUUGCAAUGUCAAGGUAUUAUAACAGCCCCCUGCUUGAGGCUUGAGGUCAUAACACCCCUCCCAUUCCCCAAAUCUUGCCUUGGGACCACAUUUGCUGCUACUUUUCCGGCUGCUCUAUCCUAUACAUUGAGUAACCCCAAGAUGGUAGGACUAGGUUAGGAAAAACCUCACACAACCAAACAGUCUGCCUUAAAAGUGACCCACAUCUUUCCAUACCUCCUCACUUCUUAGCCCUUCAGUAAGAGAAAACCCCUCAUUGGCCCACAUGGCGAGUAGUGAAGUCCCCCACGGGUGGGCUUCCCUCCGGGAAGGGAAUUGAGAGACUUGAGAUGCUGGAACUCUCCCUGAGAGUCUAGAAUGUCUAAGCCAGUGUUAGAUUUUUAUAACCAAGUGGAACAGUGUUAAAGGCCUAUGAUGCUGGAACCAUCCAGAGCCCGUUAGAAUUGUAGAGACUUGAGUUACCAUCCCCAUCCAAGCCUUCCUGCCCCUCCAGGCUAGAGAAGACUUUGGUUCUGAGGACCUCACUGUUGCCCUGAGUAGCGAUAGCUCUGGAAUAGAGAGUCACCUUGCGUGUGCUCAGUUUAGACCGUGUUCUAGAGGGCCAUCAGAGGGAAGCCAAAAAGUUCUCAGCCUCGGUUCCCAACAAUCCCGCAUGGUCAUCCAUCCACAGAGUCUUCCGGCUACCAGUACUCCCAUCCAUGCCUAUGGUUGGGCAACCUUUCCCUCUCUCCCAGGUUCAGCCUCCAAAAGCUAAGAGAAGACGAGUCAAAUGCAUGUAGAAGCCCCCACCUCACUGGGGUACUCUUGGCCUCUUUUCAGUCAGUUACUUGUCUAUUCCUUUUGAAUUAAUAUGGGAAGAGAUUCAUACAGAAUGAGGUAGAGAGAAUGCGUAAGUUUGACAUGACUUCUGAGACCUGAAACUGAAAGUGUGAGGCGAUGGGUCUAAACUAGAUGUAUCAUAUAAAGAUUGCUACAAAUCAAGUCAUCUCUAGUCCAGUGAAGAUAACCAAAAAAAACAAAGUUUAGCCUAGAAAAUACCAGGCACAUGUGCUGACCCUCAUUCCUGCAUUCCAUGCAGGCAUUGUUAAUCAGCCAUAGCCCCUCCUCCCCCCCCUCCGCCCCCCGCAGUAGGGACCAAAAGUAACUUCAGAAAUCUUCUUACUGUAUCACUCACAAUAGCAAUUACCUGCGGAUCAAGCACACUUGAGAAGAUAUCUUGGUCUGUUAUAUUAUGAAAUAUAUCAAGGUGCUUUUUUGCACAGGUGCCCACAAAUAAGGAUGCAGUGCUUAGUUUUGUGUGGCUUGUACCAUACUACAAACUCUGAGAUUGGGUUCCAGAGUGGAGGGUCUACCAGUCUCUCCACUGCUAAGGCCUGGCUCAAAUCCUUUCUGGCUCCUUCUUACCAUCUCAUAUCUUAUUUAUAUUCAGGAUAUGUUUUUUGUUUCCUAUAAUUACCAGGGCCAAUCCUUGCCAAAACAACAGUAAUAAUGGCAUAAGCAUUGAUUCUAUUUUGUACCCCUCUCCAGUAUCUCAAAACUCUUACCAACAGUCAAAGCCCCGCUCUUGCACUAGAUGAGUUGUCAACCUGUGUGUGGUGUUAGCCAGGAAGGAACAAAGAAAGAAAGAUAAUAGUCAGCCCUCACAGUUGCUUUUCUACAUUAGGAAGUAGUGCAAGAAGCCUUGGAGACCCAAAGAUGACAUUGCUUAUGGUGGGGUUGCAGAAACCAUAGAAGAACCUCACCAGCUCCUUUAACUCAGACCCUCAUCUCCUUUCCUCUUCCACUUGUACCCUUGUUUUAGCCCAACAUUUUUCACCUGAGCAAAGUUUCCUGGAGGCUGACUUCCUUCUACCUUCAGCUUCUCAGAUUGAGUUGAGCCCUUUUGAGCAAAGGUCCUCCUAGUCUCCUUCUGACCAUCAUCCAAACCUGCUACUCACAAAUUCCUAUUUGCCAAGGAUACUAGGUGAGAGGGGCUACUUGACAGAUGGCCAGCCUCAUGCCCACACACAAGGGUCAUUAAUACACCCUUCUCAGCCUUUAGCAGAGGACAGUUGUUCUAAUCAUGUGAUGCACUGAUGCUCGGUUUCAUUUUCUUUCUGGGGAUAAGUUCAUUGUCUCAUCUCCUAUUUUGGACAGUGGAGACUCCCAGGAAGGCAACUUCUGAAACAUUCUUGUCUGUCAGCAGUUCAGGGGCCCGAAAGCACAUGGAGGUUCUGAAGACAUACUAGCUUCUUCAGAACUUUAUUCUGAACUAGGGAGUUCUGAAGAAGUAUUAGCCUGUUAGCAGGAAGAAAGAAAAGAGGAGGUGGUCAGUGGUCCAGGCCUUUUCUUGGGAAGAUGUUCCGAGUGACCACCCUACUGGCUACUAGAGGACUUUCAUUAUCCGCCAGAUUCUGUGCCAACCACCUUUUAAGGGAAGGCAUUCCUUGGGAAGUCCACUAUGGUGGUUGAAUGGAGGUAUUGUAAGGGGAGAGAUCAUGGCUGUAAAUUGUAGGACUCUGAAGAUGGAGGUUAUCAGCUGCUUCUCCUGGCUUUAGCAUGUUGAGUCACUUGUCUAGACAGGUCUCCUAAUCUAACCACCUUGGCCAAUGCUUAAAUGCUAUGUGUUGAAAAUUAUUCUUUGAGAUAGAUUUCGGCUACCUCCCUUCCAGGUUUGAUUUAACUUGGUUGUAACUGUCAAUUUGUUAUAGGUCUUACCUGUGUUUUAAGAAGGAAAGGAAGGAAGGAAGGAGACAAAGAGGAGAAAGGAAGAAAGUAGGGAAGAAA